UUUCAAGCUUCCAGACCACAGAAGGGGAGCUCCACCUCCGCCGGUUCCCUGCGGCUUUGCCCAGCACCACAAAAUGCAAUUCCCAAUCAUCCGUAGCAGGGUCUGCGGUGCUAUCGUGGGCGGGCAUCCCGUUGGUAGCUCCAAUUACCUCAUCGGGCCCCGGAUCCAAUCACGAAAUCUGCACCUCUGCCUCUCGGUGGUCCGUGCUGUCGAGCUCUCUCACCAGCCACACUACCCUCGCACCAGCCACACGGACAAUGUGGCGCGUGCCGGAAUCUCAAGGAUAAUCACAUGACCUGUCCGUCCCGAAUCGUUGCGCCUCUCCGGGAUGCUCCACGAAUUUCCCAUAGAGUCCCAACCUCAGGCGAUCCGCAAAACCGUACUCCGCGGCAUUAUAUCGAAACCUCUCCUCUCCGCGCCCACCACGCACCACAUAGCCGCCACAAUGACUUCGCUCAUUUCCAAGCAGCUCGCCGACGGCAUUCUUGCCCGCCCCUUCCUGAAGAGCAUCUUCGUCCCCUUCUCCAACUGGUACGCCAACGCUGCCGGCCACCGCAAGCUCGGCUUGAGAUUCGACGACCUCAUCGAGGAGGAGACCGAUAUCGUCCAGAAGGCCCUCAAGCGCCUCUCUCCCAAGGAGUCCUACGACCGCGUCUACCGCAUUCGCCGCGCCGUCCAGCUCUCCUACCAGCACAAGCUCCUGCCCAAGAACGAGUGGACCAAGCCCGAGGAGGACUACCCCUACCUCGGACCCAUCAUCCAGCAGAUCCAGGCUGAAGAGGCCGAGAGGCUGGCCUUCGAGACCAUGGAGGUCCAGAAGAAGCACCACUAAACUACAUCUUCCUGGUGGGGGAUCACGUUUGGACGGAAAGGAGGCGGAGAGAGCGAGCCGCGCGCACGAUGCUGUAAAGUAUGACGAAGGAGAAUCGCCUGGCCGGGCGCGCGACAGAAAUUUAGACCAGGGGGGGCCAGGCGGUUCGUGUACCUUAUGUAUAGACCUUUGGAGGGGGUUGCUUUCUCGUCAAUUGGAACUCCCUGCUACACUUACAGGUUCCGCUGCGCUCGAAUAGCACCAAUUGAUGACACUUUUUUUUUGGCCUUGGAAUAUCGACGUUCUCACGGUUGCCCCCCCGGCCCGGGUUCGCGGAAGCUAGCUGACAUUGUACGCACUCUCACUGGUCGGAACCCGCAGACCCACCAUGGUACAUCAACAUCAUGAGUAACGACUUUCUUCGACGGCGUUUACUACGUUGAGGGUCGUUGAGUAUACCGAUGCUGUCGCUGUCGAACUACCUCAAAUUUCUCACUGCCUGGG